AUGCCGCUCAUCGCUUCCACAGGUACCAAACCGCGCGUGAUCCUGGGCUUAAUGACCUUUGGUCCCCCGGGCACAGAAUCCAAAGGCGCCCGCAUCACCUCCUUAGACGACUACAACAAAUGCCUCGACUACUUCCAACAACAGGGGUAUAACGAAGUCGACACCGCCCGCAUGUACAUUGGUGGCGACCAAGAAACCUUCACACGAGACGCCAAAUGGAAAGACCGCGGUUUGUCUCUCGCGACGAAAUGCUACCCGGUCAAGCCGGGCGAUCAUAAACCUGAGAACCUGCGUGCCAGCUUGGACAAAAGCCUGAAAGAGCUAGGGACCGACUGCGUGGACAUAUUCUACCUGCAUGCCCCGGAUCGGAGUGUGCCAUUUGCAGAAACCCUUCAGGCGUGCAAUGAUAUGUUUCGAGAGGGCAAGUUUGUACAGCUCGGUCUGAGUAAUUAUGCGGCGUGGGAAGUUGCGGAGAUCUGGAAUAUUGCCCACGAAAGAGGUUGGGUGAGGCCCACGAUAUACCAGGCCAUGUAUAAUGCGAUAACGAGGGAUAUUGAGAAGGAAUUGGUGCCCUGUUGCCGAAAAUAUGGCUUGGACCUUGUCAUUUACAACCCACUCGCCGGCGGCGUGUUUAGCGGGAAAUACAAGUCCAAAACCGAGAUCCCGGCCGAGGGCCGCUUCGCCAACGUCAGUGAACGCAUCGGAAUGAUGUAUCGCGAACGGUACUUCCACGACUCAACCUUUGCAGCCCUCCAUCUCAUCGAGCCUGUUGUCAAGCAACACCACCUGACCCUCCUGGAGACCGCGCUGCGAUGGUGCGUGCACCAUUCAAUGCUCAAACUAGGCAGCGAGGGCAACGACGGGGUGAUCAUCGGCGUCAGUAGUCUGAGCCAGCUCGAGGCGAAUCUCCAGGAUUUAGAGAAAGGUCCGCUGCCUGAGGAAGUUGUUGCGGUCUUGGACGAGGCGUGGGAAACGUAUUUGAAAGGCAGAGGGCCGACGUAUUGGCGAUGA